GAUUCGCUCUUUCAGAUCUGAAAAUUGAGUGUGGAAGUUGAAGAUUCAUGCCAUCGGCAUCAUGUCCCAUGUUUAAGCCGACGCCGUGUACACCAUGUACAUCAAGUCGAUCGUGAUUGACGGCUUCAAGUCGUAUGGUCAGCGGACCGAAAUCCACGGCUUCGACCCGGCCUUCAACGCCAUCACGGGUCUGAAUGGAUCGGGCAAGUCCAACAUUCUGGACUCGAUCUGUUUCUUGCUGGGCAUCACUAACUUGAGCCACGUGCGCGCGGCUAAUCUACAAGAACUGGUUUAUAAAAAUGGUCAGGCCGGGGUGACCAAAGCUACCGUGACCAUUCAUUUUGACAAUCGCGAUAAGAAGCAAUCGCCCUUGGGCUACGACCACUACGAUGAAGUGGCCAUCACACGACAGGUGGUGAUUGGCGGCAAAAACAAGUACCUGAUCAAUGGCACUAAUAUCCAAGCAAAUCGAGUGCAGGAUUUCUUCCGAUCCGUUCAAUUGAACGUGAACAAUCCGCAUUUCCUCAUCAUGCAAGGGCGGAUCACCAAAGUCUUGAACAUGAAGCCCCCCGAGAUCCUAGCCAUGAUUGAAGAGGCCGCUGGCACUAUGAUGUACGAAUCCAAGAAGCAACAGGCCCAAAAGACCAUCGAGAAGAAGGAUUCUAAAUUGCGCGAAAUCACAGAUAUCUUGAAUGAAGAGAUCACUCCCACUUUAACCAAACUCAAAGAGGAGCGGAGCACCUAUUUGGAAUAUCAAAAGAUUCAACGGGAAUUGGAACAUUUGACCAAGUUGUACAUCGCCUUCAAGUUCGUCACUGCCGAGGAGACCUCGAUGAAAUCCAAAGAAGAUCUGGAAGUUGUCAACCAAGACAUAGAGACUCUCAAGACUGAGAUCAAAGAUGGAGAGAACCAGAUUGUGUCAAUUGGCCAACGAAUCGAGCAACUUCAACGCCAAAGAGAUGAGGAGUUAAAGGGGCGUUUCGCGGAAUUGGAAAAGGAACUCAGCGAGCAUGAAAAGACGGCCAUGAAAACCGAGAACGCCCUCAAGACUGUGAAGGACAACAAGAAGCAAGAGGAUAAGAAGAAGACCACCAUCACCAAAGGCAUGAAUAGCGACAAGAAAGCUUUGGAUGAGAAGAGCCAAGUGGCCGUUGGCCUUCAGGCCAUGUACGACAAGCUUCGUGAAGAGGACCGCGUGGCCACCGAAGCUUUGAAAGCAGCUCAGUCUCGUUAUGAAGCGAUUUCCGUGGGCAAGUUCAGCUCAGAGGACGGCAAAGCGGCCACUCUCCAAGAACAGGUCAUCAAGAUCAAGGCCGACCUUUCGAAUGCUCAAACCACCAUCAAGACCAGCGAUAUGAAGCUCAAGCAUAACAAGAAGGAACUGCGAAAAAUGGAGACGGAUAUGAAGAAGACCGAGAGCGAUUACAAGCGGGAUUCGGAGAAUCUGAAAAAGUACGAGAAUCAACUCUCCUCGGCUCAAAACGAGCUCAACACCCUCGAUUACGAAGAGGGCAUGGCCGAGCAAUUGGAAGAGCAACACCGAAAUCUCCGUCACGAAGUCAUGGGUCUGGAGCGCCGUUCCGACCAAAUGAGCUCUCGCUAUCCUUGGCUGAACUUUCAAUACGACGACCCCGAGAAAAACUUUGACCGCUCCCAAGUUUACGGCGUGGCUGCUAAACUGAUCUCUGUCCGGGACCCGAAAUUCUUCGUGGCCUUGGACACGGCCGGGGGUGGAAAAUUGACCAAUGUCAUCGUGAAGACUUCCGUAGCGGCGGGCAAGAUCCUGAAGCGGGGUAAUCUUCGUCGACGGACCGUAAUGUUGCCUUUGGAUAAGAUGAAUGCCCGGUGUAUCACGACCCAAGAGCUUCAGAGCGCCCAACGAUUAGUGGGCAAGGAUCACGUCUGGCGAGCAAUUGAUCUCGUCAAAUACGACCGUGCUCUUCAGGCUGCUAUGGAACACAUCUUGGGUGGGGUUUUGGUGUGCACCAGUCUCGAUGUGGCCAAUAAGUUGGCCUUUGACCGAAGCGUGGGCAAGAUGUGCGUCACUCUGGAUGGCGACAAGGUCAAUCCGGCCGGAGAACUCAGUGGAGGAGCUCCAUCGUCCAGCGGUUCGAUGCUCACUCAUAUUGAUGCCCUGAGGGAAGUUGAGGCUGAAUUGGAAGCUCGCCGAGAGCAACUCCAUGGGUUGGAAGAACGUCUCCGAGGCAUUGGGCCCUUGGGCAAACGUUUCAAUCAGCUCAAGCUCCAAGUUGAGGAGAGGUCUCAUGAACUGGAACGGGUGAGGGACCGUGUUAAGAAUACGGCUCACCACCAACUUUUCGAAGAGAUGGAGGCCUUGAAGAAGCAAUGUCUCGAAUUAGAAGAGGCCGUCCAAGCCUCUCGAGAAGUCGAGGUGGAUGGCUCCAAGAAGGUCAAGGAGCUCGAAUACAAGAUCAAAAACGCCAAGCAGCUCAAGGAGAAAGAGCUCAAAGAAGCUGAGGUGGAAGUCAAGGCUUGUAAGAAGGCCGUGGAGACCUCCAAAAGCAAAUGGACGGAUAAGGAGGCCGAGGAAGCGAGUUUGAAAAUGGAGAUCAAUGACUUGCAGAAGGCUAUCUCGGAUGCGGAAGAUCAACUCCGGGCUUGUGACGAGGCCAUUGCUGGAUAUGAGACAGAGUGCACUCAUUUGGUCGAGGCUGUGGAGACGGCCAAGGAGGCUGUGCUCGAGGCCAAAGAGGCUCUCAAGGCUCAGAAAGAGGCCGUGGCCAAGAACAACAAGGAGAUGCUCAACGAGCAAGCCAAUAGCGAGAACAUUGCCAAGAUCAAUCACGACAAGGGAUUGAAAGUACAAGAGCUCAAACACAAACUAUCCAAGGCUGCUGACGAGGUGCGAGAUGCCGAAAAAUUGGUUCAACACAUGCUUGACAAGUACGAAUGGAUCGGUUUGGAUCGCAAGUUUUUUGGCGAGUCCGGGUCUGCCUACGAUUUUAAGGCCACGGAUCCGCAAGAGGCCGGGAAAAAGAUCCAGAAGUUGGAGGAAACCAAGGAGAAGCUCGAGAGGACAGUGAACAUGCGAGCCAUGACUAUGUUGGACAAGGCUGAAGUCCAAUACAACGAUCUUAUGCGCAAGAAGGCCACGGUGGAGAUGGACAAGGCCAAAAUCAACAAGGUGAUUGAGGAGCUCGAUCGGAAGAAGAAGGACGAGCUCCGAGCGGCUUGGGACAAAGUCAACAAAGACUUUGGGUCCAUCUUCUCCUCACUUUUACCUGGGACCAAAGCCAAAUUGCAACCACCCGAGGGCAUGGAUGUUCUCGAUGGGCUCGAGGUCAAAGUGGCGUUUGGUGAUGUUUGGAAAGAAUCCCUGUCUGAAUUGAGUGGCGGUCAGCGUUCGUUGGUGGCGCUGUCUCUCAUUUUAUCGUUGCUACUCUUCAAACCCGCACCUUUGUACAUCCUGGACGAAGUAGACGCAGCCCUGGAUCUUUCACACACGCAAAACAUUGGACAUAUGCUCAAGACCCACUUUAAGCACUCACAGUUUAUCGUGGUGUCUCUCAAAGAUGGAAUGUUCAACAACGCCAACGUGUUGUUCCGAACCAAAUUCGUGGACGGAAUGUCCACUGUGUCCCGGACUCAGAACAAAAAAUGAAUAGCUACCAUUGAAUGAAACAAUAUGACGCUUCUAAAACAAAAUGACUGGAUUUGUACAAACUUUUCGUACACGUAUAUUUUUGUAGAAAUAAACAGUUUAAAAGCC